UGUCACUCAGGAAAUGUUUGUCUCCUGCUGUUGAUGAAUAAUUUCAGAGUACUAUGGAUCAUGCUGAAGAAACUGAAAUUCCUGUAGCAGCCCAGAAGUACUAUGUGGAAAGGCCGAUCUUUAGUCAUCCGGUUCUCCAGGAACGGCUACACACAAAGGAAAAGAUUUCGGAUUCCAUUGGGGAUAAGCUGAAACAGGCAUUCACAUGUACCCCCAAGAAGAUACGAAAUAUCAUUUACAUGUUCCUUCCAAUAACAAAGUGGCUGCCCGCAUAUAAAUUCAAGGAGUACGUGCUGGGGGACCUGGUCUCGGGCAUAAGCACAGGCGUGCUUCAGCUUCCUCAAGGGUUAGCCUUCGCGAUGUUGGCGGCGGUGCCUCCAGUGUUUGGCCUGUACUCGUCAUUUUACCCUGUGAUCAUGUAUUGCUUCCUUGGAACUUCCAGGCACAUAUCCAUCGGCCCUUUUGCUGUUAUUAGCUUGAUGAUUGGUGGUGUGGCUGUUCGAUUGGUCCCCGAUGAUAUAGUCAUCCCAGGAGGAGUAAAUGCCACUAAUGGUACAGAAGCAAGAGACGCCUUGAGAGUGAAAGUUGCCAUGUCUGUGACCUUGCUCUCAGGAAUCAUUCAGUUUUGCCUAGGUGUCUGCAGGUUCGGAUUUGUAGCCAUAUAUCUCACAGAGCCUCUGGUCCGUGGCUUUACCACUGCGGCAGCUGUGCACGUCUUCACCUCCAUGCUGAAAUACCUGUUUGGAGUUAAAACAAAGCGGUACAGUGGGAUAUUCUCAGUGGUGUAUAGUACAGUUGCUGUGUUGCAGAAUGUUAAAAACCUCAACGUGUGUUCCCUAGGCGUCGGCCUGAUGGUUUUUGGUUUGCUGUUGGGUGGCAAGGAAUUUAAUGAGAGGUUUAAAGAGAAAUUACCGGCACCCAUUCCUUUAGAGUUUUUUGCGGUGGUUAUGGGAACUGGCAUUUCAGCUGGGUUUAACUUGAAAGACUCCUACAAUGUGGAUGUCGUUGGAACCCUUCCUCUGGGGCUACUGCCUCCAGCCAAUCCAGACACGAGCCUGUUCCACCUCGUGUAUGUGGAUGCCAUUGCCAUAGCCAUCGUUGGAUUUUCAGUGACCAUCUCAAUGGCCAAGACCUUGGCAAAUAAGCAUGGAUAUCAGGUUGAUGGCAAUCAGGAGCUGAUUGCCCUGGGGCUGUGUAAUUCCAUUGGCUCACUCUUCCAGACCUUUUCAAUUUCAUGUUCCUUAUCACGAAGCCUUGUUCAGGAGGGAACUGGAGGGAAGACACAGCUUGCAGGUUGCUUGGCCUCACUGAUGAUUCUACUGGUCAUAUUAGCCACCGGAUUCCUCUUUGAAUCAUUGCCCCAGGCUGUGCUCUCGGCCAUUGUGAUCGUCAACCUGAAAGGAAUGUUUAUGCAAUUCUCAGAUCUCCCCUUUUUCUGGAGAACCAGCAAAAUAGAGCUGACCAUCUGGCUUACCACUUUUGUUUCCUCUCUGUUUCUGGGAUUGGACUAUGGUUUGAUUACUGCUGUCAUCAUUGCUCUUUUGACUGUAAUUUACAGAACACAGAGUCCUAGCUACAAAGUCCUUGGACAGCUUCCUGAAACAGAUGUAUAUAUUGAUAUAGACGCAUAUGAGGAGGUGAAAGAAAUUCCUGGAAUUAAAAUCUUCCAAAUAAAUGCCCCAAUUUAUUAUGCAAACAGUGACUUGUAUAGCAAUGCACUGAAAAGAAAGACUGGCGUGAACCCAGCUCUCAUUAUGGGCGCCAGGAGAAAGGCCUUGAGGAAGUACGCAAAGGAGGUCGGGAAUGCAAACAUGGCCAACGCGACUGCUCUCAAAGUGGAUGCAGAAGUUGAUGGAGAAGAUGGUACCAAGCCUGAAGAAGAGGAUGAUGAAAUAAAAUAUCCCCCAAUUGUCAUCAAAAACACACUCCCUGAAGAAGUACAAAGAUUUAUGCCUCCAGGGGAUAAUAUCCAUACCAUCAUUCUGGACUUUACACAAGUCAAUUUUAUUGAUUCUGUUGGAGUGAAAACUUUGGCAGGGAUUGUAAAAGAAUAUGGAGAUGUCGGUAUUUAUGUAUAUUUAGCUGGAUGCAGUGCACAAGUAGUGAAUGACCUCACUCGAAAUAAUUUUUUCGAAAACCCUGCUUUGAAAGAGCUGCUGUUCUAUAGCAUUCAUGAUGCAGUCCUCGGCAGCCAACUCCGGGAGGCCCUGGCCGAACAAGAAGCCUUAGCUCUUCCCCCACAAGAAGACGCCGAGCCCAAUGCCACUCCUGAGGCGUAGGGGAGAGACACGGCCUGCAAUGAAGUUACAAGCCUUUUGUGAAAUUACUCAUUUACACUUUUCAAAUACUAGACACUGGAAUUGUUUCUGAGGCUAAAGACAAGUAGUGAUGGCUUGAUUUGGAGAGUGAAUGAUGCAUAGCAAGAUGUAUCUUACUUGUGU